GAGUGUGGGCUGGAGGGAGACACCUAGUCCUGCACCCUGGAACCACUAUCCUCACUUCUCGUAGUGUCUCUGCAGAGCAUAUCACCCAUCAGAAGUGGUCUGAAGAAUCACAAAUGGAGCAGGGAGUGAUUUUCCAUCUAGCAUAAGGUCUGGACACCCAAGUCUUGUCCUCAGAAGGUCACACUUCUCUCCGGGGUCCUGACUUGUCCUCUGAGAGUGGAGCUCCAGAGGUGCUACAGUGAAGCCAUCCUCUUACACUCCAACACCUCCCAGCACUGCAGCUGUCCCGAAGCCAUGGCUCUGGGUCUCCUGUGGCUGGGCCUCACCCUGCUGGGGGCCCUGCAGACUCAAGCCAAGGACUCCUUCCUGAAACUGAUUCUGAGCCCAUCUCUGAGCACAGUCCCUCUGCAACCACACUUCCGGGAUGACCAGUUCCAGGGGAAAUGGUAUGCCAUAGGUGUGGCAGAAAGCACAAUUCAGAAUGGAACAGAAAGCCAGUUAGAAAUGUACAGCACCACCUUUGAGCUGAAUGAUGAUCACAGCUACAACGUCACCUCUAUAAUGCCGAAGGAAGAUACCUGUGAUCUCUGGAUCAGAACAUUAUCCCCAAGUGUCCGUCCUGGCCAGUUCACCCUGAGCAAUAUGCAAGAUUACCCUGAGAUACGGAACUACACUGUGAAAGUGGUAGCCACCAACUACAAGCAGUUUGGUGUAGUAUUUCUGAAGAUGGUUCUCACAAACAGUGUGCACAUCGAGAUCACCCUCUAUGGGAGAGCCAAGGAGCUGAGUCCUGAACUGAAGGAGCACUUCGUCAAAUUUUCCAAGUCUGUGGGCCUCACUGAUGACAACAUCAUCUUCACUGACCCCAUAGAGAAGUGCAUCGAUGAGUGAACCAGCAUCACUUCUGCUCACAGUGACACCUGACUGCCCCACCAGACAUAAUGGCAAUGAGAAAGAUGGGAGACCCUUCCUACAGUUCAGGGCUGCAGCAAAAGCCACCCUGCCGACGGAGCCCCCCUUAUCUGCCAAAUAAACGUAUAUGCCCUUGUCU